AUGCGAUGCGCCCUAGUGGUUUUGCCUGGUCACAGUGCCACUUGUGGAUCUAAACUUUUCUCCGGCAUUGCAGAUCACAUCGGCGAUCUGGACUUUUCUCCAGUGUCACAGAUCACAGCGCCGUUUGUGGAGGUUUCUGUGGUGAUUUUGCUGCGUUUUGCGAUAGUUUUGCGUGUUGCAAAGCAAAACCAGCUUUGCGUAGCGGAGUCGAGGCACGGCUAUGUGAUGCGCCCUAGUGGUUUUGCCGGUCACAGCGCCACUUGUGGAUCUAAAAUUUUCUCUGGCAUUACAGAUCACAUCGGCGAUCUGGACUUUUCUCCAGUGUCACAAAUCACAGCGCCGUUUGUGGAGGUUUCUAUGGUGAUUUUGCGGCGUUUUGCGAUAGUUUUGUGCCCCCCUCAAUUGAAUUUUGCAAAAAACACAUACAAAGGCGCAGUUGGUAACUCAACUCCAGAUGGAACCCUAGCUUAUUUCGAUGAGAAUGAUCAACUCCAAAGCGUUUUAAUUCUUUCCCUCGCUACCGGUCCAAGUGCUUUCACUCCCACUUUCAGCAUGAAGUGA